AUUGAGCGUAAUGGAGUUAAAGAAAAUAACCCUCAUUUUAAUGAGAUGUUGUGAUAUGAUUGACUUAGUCCACGGAUGACGUGGUGAACCGAGUCUACCUAAGAAUUUCUCGUCAAUUAACAUUUUAUCAUUCUUAACUGCCCUUUCACAAAUUCUACUAUAUACUUGGAUGUUAACUUUGUUUUUACUUUUUUGCUUGCUAAAGGUUACUUCAAACAUGUGUGCUAUCUCAGAUUUGGAAUUCGGUGCAUCUACUUAUUUGACACUUCCGCAGCAUACCAAAUGUUCUUUCGGAUAACCAGGUACUUCAACCAUGUGUGCUAUCUCACUUUUGGAUGAUUUCAGUGCAACUAUUUAUACCUCUAUGAAGCCACUUCCAAAGCAUGCGAAUGUUCUUACAGAUUACCAGGUCGCUUCCUCCUGUACUUGUGCUUCUUGUACUAGUUCAGUUUGCUGCAAAAGUGUUUUGUGGGAUUCUGUUGGUGAUUGCUUUAUUGAUAUACAAAUGGAAAAGAAGGCACUUAUCAAGAUAUAAUGCAAUUGAGGAAUUCUUACAGAGUUGCAAUAAUCUGAUGCCAGCAAGGUAUUCUUAUUCUCGGAUUAGAAAAAUAACUGAAGGCUUCAAGGAUAAAUUAGGAGAAGGAGGCUUUGUCUGUGUUUAUAAAGGCAAACUUCGCAGCAGUCAUUUUGCAGCAGUGAAAGUGUUGGGUAAGUCUAAAAGUAAUGGCCAAGAUUUCAUGAACGAAGUUGCUACAAUUGGAAGAAUUCAUCACGCAAAUGUGGUUCAACUGAUCGGCUUUUGUGUCGAAGGUUCAACACGUGCUCUUAUAUAUGAAUUUAUGUAUAGUGGAUGUCUCAAUAGUUUUAUAUCUGAUAAGGAAAUUUCUAUCUCGUUGAGAUGGGAAAAGCUACACAAAAUUUCUCGUGGGCGUGGCAUUGAGUAUUGACAGCAGGGCUGUGACGUGCAAAUCCUACCUAUUGAUAUCAAGCCCCACAAUAUUUUUCUUGACGAAAAUUUAAUUCCCAAGAUAUCUGAUUUCGGGCUGGCUACAUUAUACAAAUUAAACGAAAACAUGAAGUCUAUAACUGCAGCAAGGGGAACCAUAGGGUACAUGGCCCCGGAGUUAUUCUCCAUGAAUAUUGGGCGUGUUUCAUAUAAAGCUGACGUGUAUAGUUUCGGAAUGUUGCUGCUAGAAACGGUAGGAAAAGGAAAGAAAUUGAAUGCUUGAAUGGAGGAUUCUAAUGAAACUUACUCUCCAGUAUGGGUUUACGACGAGGCUUCUGGUGAGAAGGUAAUAGCAGUUGCAGAUGGUACAGAAGAUGAAAAUAAAUUAGCAAAGAAGAUGAUAGGGUGCAUACAGAUGAAACCGUUUGGAAAGCUUAUAUUUACCUCCUAGGCCUUUUUUGUAUACAGAAGAAGAAGAAGCCAAAAAUGUCAUCAGAUAUAACAUAAUCAAGUAGUUUGAUUCAAAAUACAUAUUAGAUGACAGAAUGAAAUAUUAUUCAUUUAUACUCA